GCCAGUCGCCGUCACUAGUGAGCGGGCGUACGCUGGUCGCCGCCAGACACAUCCAACAUGGCGCCCGGGUUUUCCUCGCUGAGCACCGCGAAAUUAAUAGAAGAAGUACACAAAAGGCCACCGCUUUGGGACACAAGCUUACAUGAGAACUCCUACCCGUAUUACAGGAAAAAAAUGUGGAGGGAAAUCGUCGAUGUAUUCGCUGAGCAAGGCGGGGAAACUGGCGCAUGCACUAAAAGAGAACUUGAGACUUUAUUAAUACAAAGGUGGAAAUGUAUUCGCGGUUGCUUCACAAGAGAGCUGGCGAGGCAAGAGAAACUCCAGAACGGCAAGAGUUGUGGCCCCCGAAAGAAAGAGUACGUAUACUUCAAAAAGCUACAGUUCCUUAGAAAUAACGUAAAACUGAGAAAUACGAGAGAAAGCUGUUCUAGUACAACCUCCUCAAUAUCUGAAGAAGAACUGGAAGAGAUAAAAGCAGAUAACAAUAGUGUGAAAGUAGAAAAAGUUGAGCUAGAGAUCGAAGAAGAAACGGAACAACUGCAGAACUUUGACACAUCUGUAGACGCGUCAUUAGCUGUCAAGGAUCCGUUAGAGCAGGACGAAGAUAGGAUGUUCUUGCUGUCCUUGUUGUCGGCUAUGAAGAGGGUGCCUGAAGAACAAAAGUUGGCGACUAGAAUUAAAAUUAUGUCGGCAAUUAACGAUGCAAUACCGAACACCUAGAGAUUGUGUAUUCCAUGAUUUGACAGAUAGGGCAAAAAGUACAUAGAUUAAUUGACGACCGAGUUAAGUAAGGCUCAAAAGAAGUGUCUCUAGAUUCUGUUUUGCUAUCGGAUUUCGAGAUUUUUUCCAUUUUAUGUAACCUAAUGUGUUUGUUUACAUAAAAUGAAAAAAAUCUUUAAAAAAUGAAUUUUAUGUAACAAAAUGGGGAAAUGUUAGUCAAUAGGUAUGACAUGACUGUAAAAUUUAGUAUUUAGAUCCUAGACCUACUUGAUUUCUAAGCUGAAAAUGUAAAUAGGUU